UGGUGGUGCAAGGUCGGGUUGUCUAGAGGUUGGGGAGUUGUCACUAGUGGAGAGGUGGAAGGAGGUGAUUGGAAUAUGGAGGACAGUGGUCGGAGGCCGGCGAUGGCAGCUAAAGUUACGAGGGUGGCGGCUAAAGUGACACAGACGACUACAGUGACACGGGCGGUGGCUACAGUGACACGGGCGGUGGCUACAGUGACACGGGCGGUGGCUAUAGUGACACAGGAGGCGGCUACAGUGAUACGGGAGGCAGUUAGUGACAUGGGCGGUGGCUAUAGUGACAUAGGCAGUAGUUACAGUGACCCAGCAAUCACUUUUUUGUCUUUUUAAAAAAUGGUCACAUUUUAGGAAAGUGACUUUAAUUUAGUAAUAUUGAAGGCAAAAACCCUAUUAAUUACGGAGUAUGUUUUUUGAGAAGUGUGGAAGCAUAUUUUAAUCAUUGUCGGCUGUAUAGCUCCGUAUUAUUCAGUUAUGUGUUCCCAUCCCGUUUUUUGGGAAAUUGAAAAGCCACAUUUUCUUGACACUAUUGGCAGCACUACAUGUCUAAGAGCAUCUCCAAUGGAGAUGUCCAUUGUAGUUCCACAUCAUCAAAUCUACUUUUCAAAUACAAAUCUCACUUCCAAUGCAAAAUAAACUAGACCAAGUCUAGAUGACAUGGCAACUAAAAAAAUGGACAUGGUCUAAGACAAGGUCUAUUUGUGGACCUUGGGUGCCACCGUCUAUGCUCAUUAUGAAGCUUUUCUCUUUCGUAUUUAAUUGUUUUUUGUUUUGCAUUGGAGUAUUGUUUUGAUAGACCCUCUAUUUUGAUUAAAUCUUGGCCCACAUAUCAAAUAGACCUCAUUCAUUUUUUGCCACUUCAUCACCAAUCCACCCUAUGGGUUGGAGAUGCUCUAAGCAGCUGGAUGUGGGAAUUCCAAAAGCCACACAUCCUUCAGGCGUGUUUGUUUUUUUGAAAUAUUAUUGAGGCAUGGUUAAGUUUAAAUUUUUGAACAACUUUAUCUUGAAAACUGUAACAUCUAGCCUUGUUAACCGCACUGCACAUCUCACCACAAAAUUAAUUUAUCAACACAAAAUUAAUUUGAUCAACACGUCACCCAAAAAUUAAAAUAAAUAAAUAAAUAAUAAAAAGUUAGCUACAGUGUUUUCGCCCAAAUUCUCCCACACUUUUCUGUUUUAAUAUAUAUAGAUAGAUUCACAGUUCCACUUUAGUGCCUCUUAACAUACUACACGUGCGUGGUCUAAUGAACCAAAAUUUGGCACUGGGUUCUUGGGUAGUCUAUAGUAUAUACUCCAUCCGUCCCCUUUUAAAUGUCUUGUUUUAUCAUGUUGGGAUGUCCCUAUUUAAUUGUUCCAUACCUUAUUAGGUAAAGUUUGUGUGGCUCAAAAUCAUUCUUGCUUUAUUCUUACUUUAUCAAUUAAUAUCAAGCACGCAAACCCACUUUUCUUAAAAUUCGUAACACCCUCUUCCGGGACAUUUAAAAGGGGACUGAGGGAAUAUACUUUUAUUUAAUUUGAUUUAUAAUUGGUGAAAAGGUAGCGUGAAAAUAUGAUUUCCUUUUGUCCCACAAAACAUUGCCCGAUUUUCUUAUCUAGCCUUAAAAAACUUUGUGAUUUCUAUUUAAAUUAAAGUAAUGUAUAUGUGAUUAAAAUUGUUCUAUUUUGUUUACAAUUCAAAUUUCGAUCAUACAAUUAUUGAUUUAUUGUUCUACAUAUAAUAAUAAGUCAAAUUUGAAAAAGUUUUGUGGUACGGGGGGGAGUAUAUAAGAUUAUAAGUAACAUUGAAAGUUAGAAUGAUUGAUCGGCAAGGUUUGUAAAUAGAGCAACACAAGUAUCAACCCAUAUAGUAGACUCAACUUGACGUCAUCAUCUCAAGUUAGAGAAAUUAAUCAAAUUAUACCUGAAAUGGUUUAUUUGAUCGAAAAGAAUUAAUUCCACUUUAGAUCCUCCAAGUUUUACCUUAUUUCCAUAUUUAGUCCUCAUCUUUCAUUUUAUCCAUUUUGGUACCGACUAUUGUUUUCUUGACCAUUUUCAGUCCAUCUCUGAGCAUUUUUUACUACCGGAAAAGGACUAUAUAUGGUUAAGAAAACAAUAGUCAGGUACCAAAAAUGAAUAAAGUGAAAGACGAGGACUAAAUGUGGAAUUGGUGCAAAACUCGAAGGACCAUAAGUGGAAUUUCUUCGAUCGAAAAUACUGAAAAACGAAAAAAAAAUUAUCUAAAUUAAUUUUUGUAAAUGUAGUAAAGAUAGAACAUUUGAAACAAGAAGAAAUGAUUUUUUGACAUAAUUAGUCAAUUUAUUUAGAGCAUGUUUGGAAACACUGAAAUCAGCUGAAUCGGUUGGUUCUGCUGAAAUUUACGAAGUUCUGGUUGGAGUGGUUGAAUUGACUGAUUAUGCUGAUUUAUGAAAAUAUUAUAUAUAAAUAUUUUUUAUUAAUAUAAUAAAUAUAGCUAAUGGUCCUCUAAAAUAGUUUAAAGGGAAAAGGGGCGAAUAAGCUAAAAUGGUCUUUUACAAUAAUUUCGGUCAAUAUAGCUAAGAACGUAACUCCAACGUACCUUACUUUUUCUUAUUGUUUCACAAUUCAGCAUUACGUGUUUGAAGAGAAAUAAAGUUGGUUGAUAAGUUUGAUAAACUGAAAAAUUGGACUACCAAACGGGCUCUUAAUGCAUCUCUUGAAACUUGAAAUAACAUUUUUCGAUUUGAGCUUAAAAAGUUUAACUGAAGCAGAAUCAUAUAUGCGAAAACACUAAUUUGAACUUUUCUAAAGAAAAAAAUUGUGUACAGAAAAGUGAAACGACACACAGAAAGUUGUAUUGUACAAGAGAUGAUCUAAAAUAUACUCCGUAUACGUUAAGUGUGUACAUUAUACUCGGAUCCGUAUAUGUAUAGAAUAAAAUGAAGAAUUCGUUGGGAGCUCCGGAGCUUGGCCAUCCCCUCUCCAUUUUUGUAAAUAAAAAAAGAAUGUCCAUAAUAAGUUGGGAAAAAAGCAUAAAAUGAAGAAUAUACGAAGUAUAUUUGAGUCAUUUGAGUGAAAUUUGAGUGGCUGGUUUUCACCCACAAAAUUAUCUGAUAAUUUCUCCGAAGCAAGCUAGCUAGCAAGGACUCCAUCCGUCCGUCCAUACCCAUAUAUAUUUGGCGGUUUCAGCUCCGGCCCAAUGCUUCAAAACUAAGCUAGCCAAUAAUGGACGUUGUGAAGACCGUUUGGAGAGAAGAGCAUGUACAGCAACAAAUCCUUCAUGUGCUGUGAAGAUUUAUGGGACGGGGCGCACAUCCUAGUCGAGUGGUCGGAAAACAGAGGCGGCAUACCAAACCGUGCGGCGGCGGAGGUUGGCGACUGUGUGGCGGCGGAGAUAGGUGACUGUGUGGCGGCGGAGCUGGACAUCUAGGUGAGUUUUCUUCUCGUGUUUCUUCUUUUUCUUCUGCAUCUUCUUCUCCUCCAUCUUCUUCUUCCUCUUCCUCCUCCUUGCCCUAGUCCUCUCUUGUCUUCUUCUCUUUAUUUUUUUGUUAUUCUCCAUUAAUUUUUUUCAUUUAUUUUAGAUCUAGACUCUAACUGAAAGUUAUUAGGAGUAGUUGAGAUCUACAAAUUUUGGAUUGAAAAUUAUUACUAGUAAUUGAGAUCUGCGAAUUUUCAGAUUGAAAAUUUUUAAAUCAGUUUUUCUAUUUUUUCUAUUUCUACUAACUUAUUUUAAAAAACUUCCCUUUUUUUUUUAAAAUGAAAGCUGAAAGAAAUAUUACAUUCUAAUCAUUCCUUUAUCAAGAUGGAAAUAACGUAAUAGUAUUGCAAGUAUAGUGUCAUUUUAAGAUGGCAAUAAAAUCUUUUCUUUUGGUAAUUAAUGUCAUAACACAGUUAACAUAUCAUGUUUUUGACAAUUAGUGUCAUUUGUGUAUGGCACUAACUCCAUGAUACCUUUUUUUGAAAAUGAAAGCUAGAACGUACAAAUAUUACAUUCUAAUCAUUCCUUUAUCAAGAUGGAAAUACCGUAAUAGUAUUGCAAGUAUAGUGUCAUUUUAAGAUGGCAAUAAAAUGGUAAUUAAUGUCAUAACACAGUUAAUAUAUCAUGUUUUGACAAUUAGUGUCAUUUGUGUAUGGAACUAACUCCAUGAUACAUGUCAAUAUAUGACAUUCCUCAAUACAAUAUUAUAAUGUCAUACCAUGUCAAAAUGACAAUGAAUCCUCCUAUGUUUUAAUAUGAAUGCCAUUAUGAUGACAUUCAAGUUAUAAAGUGGCAUUUUAAAUCAUUUUUUCAGAUUUGUGGGUGGUGGCGGAGUCACAAGAGGCAAGAGUGAUUGAAGCAAGGUGAAAUAUAAUCCGGUGGCAACAAGGAAUGGGGUGGUCCUGUGACGCAGGAAACGGGUAACAACGAAGACCGGCGGCGUCGGAGACCGGCGGCGUAGGAGACCGGCGGCACCGGAGACCGGCGGCGCCGGGGACCGGCGGCAACGGAGACCGACGGCAACGGAGAUGACUAGUGGCAAUAUUGGCUCAGGCAGCAAAGGAGAUGGCGAUGGCAGUGAUGUUCAACAACGACGGAGACUAGCGGCGGUGAUUUCCGACGACGGCGGAGACUGGCGGCGAUGACGUCCGGCGGUGAUGACGUCCGGCGGCGGUGGCAGGUUUAGGCAGUGUCAGCUCUAGGCGGUGUUGUUGUUGUUGUCCAGUUGUUGCACGUACGAACAAAUGUUGGAUAUGUUUUUAUGUAUUAUUCUAUUUUUUAAUUUAAUAAACAUGUAGGGUUUCAUUAAGGGUAAUUUUGU